CCCCGAUUGGCCGGCGGAACGCGCCGCGUCACAAUGGAGCCGGUCGGAGGCGGCGAGCCGGGCAGCGCCGGGGCUUCCCGCUGAGCCCGCAGCCCAGGCGGCGAGGAAGUGCGGCGCGGGGCCGCCGCCGGCCCGCCCGGAGCGGCGCGGGGCGAGCGCGGGGAGCGCCCGGGCCGGAGCGCGCAGAUGCGAAGAGUGGUCCUUAGCUUAUGCAAGAUCCAGCAGGUGGUAGAUGACACAGCCAGGACUUGAUCUUAACCAUGCGGCUACCCUCCCUUCCUCCUAAGAGUUUCAGGAAUUUUUCAAGUGGAAACUAAUUGCAGAGUUUCCGGUUGACCAGCCUUCACAGGAUGAAGACAAUCACAGAGAUGGUGUGUCUACGGAAUUUCAAAAGGUGUAGGCCUCCCGACUGAAGCCCAGGCGACUGAUGGGAUCCAUUUCUUUUCAUUAGCUUCCCGCGUCCUCCUCCAAGGGCAAGUCAUGAUUACACUAACGGAGCUGAAGUGCUUGGCCGACGCGCAGUCGUCUUACCACAUCCUCAAGCCGUGGUGGGACGUCUUCUGGUAUUACAUCACCCUGAUCAUGCUGCUGGUGGCCGUGCUGGCCGGAGCCCUGCAGCUCACGCAGAGCCGGGUCCUGUGCUGUCUUCCGUGUAAGGUGGAGUUGGACCGCCCCUGCGCCGGGCCUUGGGACGUCCUGAAAGCCAGCGUGAACGCGUCCUCCUCCGCUCCCGGGCCGCCGCUGCCGCUCCCGCUGCCCCUGAGGAUCCAGAACGACCUCCACCGCCAGCAGUACUCGUACAUCGACGCCGUCUGCUACGAGAAGCAGCUCCACUGGUUCGCCAAGUUCUUCCCCUACCUGGUGCUCCUGCACACGCUCAUCUUCGCCGCCUGCAGCAACUUCUGGCUGCACUACCCCAGUACCAGCUCCAGGCUCGAGCACUUCGUGGCCAUCCUCCACAAGUGCUUCGACUCCCCGUGGACCACCCGCGCCCUGUCCGAGACGGUGGCCGAGCAGUCGGGGAGGCCCCCGGCGCUCUCCAAGUCCAAGGUCCUGCUGGCGUCCUCGGCGUGUUCGGCGGACGCGGACUGCACCAAGCAGCCCCUGCCCUACCCGCAGCCCGGCCUGGAGGCGGCCGGCCUCGAGAGCCCGACUUCCAGCGUCCUGGACAAGAAGGAGGGCGAACAGGCCAAAGCCAUCUUCGAGAAGGUCAAAAGGUUCCGGCUGCACGUGGAGCAGAAGGACGUCAUUUACAGGGUGUACUUGAAGCAGAUCAUCGUCAAGGUCAUUCUCUUUGUGCUCAUCGUAACGUACGUGCCCUACUUUUUGACCUACAUCAGCCUGGAAAUCGACUGUUCCGUGGACGUGCAGGCUUUCACGGGGUACAAGCGCUACCAGUGCGUCUACUCCCUGGCGGAGAUCUUCAAGGUCCUGGCUUCCUUCUACGUCGUCUUGGUCCUCCUGUACGGGCUCACCUCCUCCUACAGCCUGUGGUGGAUGCUGCGGAGCUCCCUGAAGCAGUACUCCUUUGAGGCGCUGCGCGAGCAGAGCAACUACAGCGACAUCCCCGACGUGAAGAACGACUUUGCCUUCAUCCUGCACCUGGCCGACCAGUGACCUCUUUACGCCAAACGCUUCUCCAUCUUCCUGUCCGAGGUCAGCGAGAACAAACUGAAACAGAUCAACCUCAACAACGAAUGGACGGUGGAGAAACUGAAAAGCAAGCUGGUGAAGAACUCCCAGGACAAGGUAGAGCUGCAUCUGUUCAUGCUCAGCGGGCUUCCAGACAACGUCUUCGAGCUGACGGAAAUCGAAGUGCUGAGCCUGGAGCUGAUCCCCGAGGUCAAGCUGCCCCCCGCCGUCUCGCAGCUGGUCAACCUCAAGGAGCUGCACGUGUACCACUCCUCCCUGAUGGUCGACCACCCCGCCCUGGCCUUUCUGGAGGAGAAUUUAAAAAUCCUCCGCCUGAAAUUUACCGAGAUGGGGAAGAUUCCGCGCUGGGUGUUUCACCUGCGGAACCUCAGGGAGCUGUACCUGUCGGGCUGUGUUCUCCCUGAGCAGGUGAGCACCGUGCAGGUGGAGGGCUUUCAGGACCUGAAAAACCUGAGGACCCUGCACUUGAAGAGCAGCCUCUCCCGGAUCCCGCAGGUCAUCACAGACCUGCUGCCUUCGCUGCAGAAGCUGUCCCUUGACAACGAGGGCAGCAAACUGGUCAUGCUGAACAACUUGAAAAAGAUGGUCAACCUGAAAAGCCUGGAGCUGAUCAGCUGCGAUCUGGAACGCAUUCCACACUCCAUUUUCAGCCUGAACAAUCUGCAUGAGUUAGACCUCAAAGAAAACAACCUGAAGACCGUGGAAGAGAUCAUCAGCUUUCAGCACCUCCAGAACCUUUCCUGCUUAAAGUUGUGGCACAAUAACAUCGCUUAUAUUCCUGCCCAGAUUGGGGCAUUAGCGAAUCUAGAGCAGCUCUCCCUGGACCAUAAUAACAUUGAGAACUUGCCCCUGCAGCUUUUCCUGUGCACCAAACUGCACUAUCUGGAUCUAAGCUAUAACCACCUGACCUUCAUCCCGGAAGAAAUCCAGUAUCUGAGCAAUUUGCAGUACUUUGCUGUGACCAACAACAACAUUGAGAUGCUACCAGAUGGGCUGUUUCAGUGCAAAAAGCUGCAGUGUUUACUUUUGGGGAAAAAUAGCCUGAUGAGUCUGUCCCCUCACGUGGGCGAGCUGUCGAACCUGACUCAUCUGGAGCUCAUUGGCAAUUACCUGGAAACACUGCCCCCUGAACUGGAAGGGUGUCAGUCCCUAAAACGGAGCUGUCUCAUUGUCGAGGAGAAUUUGCUCAACACGCUUCCUCCCCCCGUCACAGAACGUUUGCAGACGGGUUAGAUAAAUGCUGACCUCAAGAGAAAACAGUUGUUCCCAGUACAGGGCUCUCGAUGAGAACCGACUCUUCCCAAGUGACAAAGCUGAACCGUGGGCGAUGACUAAAUCUAACCAAAUGUCUUAUGAAAGCAACUCACUGUCCCUAAAUGAAGCAGGUGAAAAGUAUUAACACUGACCUGAAGUUUUGUGACUGGUCGACCUUUAGCGCCUGGAGACGGAGGAGGUACGGGGGAGGGUAGAUCAGAAUCUGAAAUGACGGAAUCUCCACGUGGCAGUUUUACCUCGAGGAUCAGCUAGUCCUCUCCCUCCCUCGGUCCCCGUGACUUAUUUGCACACUUGUUUUAACUGAUUUCCUGUUCUGAUGUUUGUCGUGUGGCCCAUACACGCAUCCAUAUAAAUGGGGGACCCUCAGCGCUGUCCUUGAUUGACCUCUUAAACAUUUGCGGGCAGGGUGCAGUGGGCUCGGCAGAAUUCCCACUUGGCUUGAUUUUUCCUUCCCGUCCCAGUUUGCUCGAAUCGUCCUGCAUCUGAUUCUCCCUUAACGACAGUGAUGACCCCUGAGCAAGUGCCUGCCUUUGGCCUUUGCCUGGAACAGAAGCAGGGACCUAGGACAUGCCACCCUCAGGGCAUCCUAAAGAAAAAAUUAAUGUCUUCUUGUGGAUCAUGGAAGCCUUUUUUAUUUGCUACUAAUUUUAUAUUAUUAAUUGUAAAGCCUAUAAAUUGUUUCUUUCGUAUCACCUUGGAUUCAAAAUCCAUGAGAAUCAUUUUUGUAAAAGGUACAUGCUUUUCUUUAAGAGCUUACUGUUAAUAUACGUGGUUCAGGCUGCUUACAUUCUCCUGUUUGUGUGCGUUCUGCUCCAGAAUGUUGUGUACUCUCCAACGGAUUCAUCUGGAACAACAAAAGCCUUGUGUUUCAUGCCCUAAGAUAUUUGGGGGGGUUCCUUCUAAGAAGACGGCCACUUCAGCUACCUCUCUCUUCCCUAGUUGCUGUGCUACGGGUCCCGUUCUUCCAGAACUGUGAUGGAGGGGGAGGUACAGGUUUGGAUCUUUAAACGUGAUUUUCAGACACUUUGUAGACAUUAAAUAAGAGUUAAUCAGCAAAAUACGUCUCCACCUGCAUGAUCUCCAGAUACGAUUAUAAUGGAAAACACUCAGCCUCUAUCCAGGAUUUCAGAUGAGUUCUCAAAGCUCCCGAGGAAAUAGAUCUAGUUCGCUGAAAUUCAUCUCCUGCCUUUGUCUAACUUUCCUGGAAUACAGUUUGCUCUUAUAUAUAUUAUAUAUAAAGAGCUUUGUGUUUGGCCCUUUAUUAUCAUGCAUAUUGUUUAAUGAGUAAAAUCAACUGGCGAUUUGGGGGGAAUGUACAUUUUCAAUGUGUGUUCUCCAGCAGGUCGCGCAUUGUCGAUGUCAUCUUGCUUUGAAUGUAAAUAGGACGUAAUCUAUUAACUGCACCUGACAACUGGAAAACACUCUGGGGAGAGAGGACUAUAAACAUGCACUUGUGAUGUUUGGUAUGUGUUUUCUUGCUUUGUUCCUCCCAGAAAGAGGAAAGUGAGUCUUUAAAUUAUGGCAGAUGUUGCUUCCCCCGCUGCCACACACCCCAGGACUGACUUUCAGAGAAAAGACUUGUUCACAGUGAGUGAAAUUUGAGUAACAGCUAUAACAAAAAAUACAAGACACCAAAAGCUGCCUAAAACGUUAUGGUUUAUUCUGGAUGAGAAGGAAGAGCGUACAAAUGCACAUCCUUACCAAAACUUGCCUUUAGUCAGAACAUUCAAGCUCUCAGGGAUGCAGGCAAAACUAAUGAGACUUUCUUCUAGGACUCCAGAAAAUAGACUCUCACUAUUUCUAGGGGGUUUUUUGGUUGUUAUUAUUUUCACCUUUUUUCAUGUACGUUCACGGUCAUUGUCAGGUCUCACCUCUUUGUUUCACAGUAGAAUUGUGUGUACCAGUUCCAGAGAUGGAUUCGAAUUAUCUUCUGUUUGGACCAUGAUUACUGACAAUGGAGAUAUGUCUAAAUGUUUGGGGCCCUACAAUUAGCCAUAAUUUAUAUGAAGAACCCACCCAUAAUUUAUACGAAAAAUGCGGCAGCGUUUUCAAAACAAACUUCAGAUUUAUUACCAUUCCCCUGACUAGCUACAGCCUCUCCUGGCCAGUCACUCCUUCUGUUCCCCUGAAAAAGUCACGAGCUAAAUCUUCCGUAUCACCUUUCUAAAUCUCCAGAAGGCAGUGACUCUCAGGCUUAAUAAUGAGUUUUGUAAGCUGCUUUCCAAACACCAGGGUACGGCUACUGGUGCAAACUGGGCUAUUCUUGAUGCCACAGUUUUUAGUCUUCUUUUUUUUUUUUAUUUCAAUCCUACACACCAGUGUUUAGGUAGCUUUUGAAAUGAUGUGGCCCUGAUGCCAUGAACUCUGAGACUCCCGCUUCACAUACAGAAAUGGUAUUUGAUGCCACCUUUACUGCACUGUCAGAGAUCCUCAUUUUGGAAGAUAAUUUUAAAUGAAGAAAAUAAAGUGUGUUCGGUUAUAAUUUUGAGACUGGAGUUGGCACUUGAUUUCUGAGAGUGUGUGGUGCAAUUGCCAAAAAUUAAUAUGGAUGUUAUUCAGAACAAAGUUGAAGGCUUAUGCUAGCAUCAAUUCAUUUUAUUUAUAUACACACACCUGCAGAUACACAAAGAUGACCUUGCAGACACACACACACACACACACACACACACACACACACACACCUGUGCAUGCAAAAUGUAAUUUACUAGUUUUGGAUGUGUUUCAUAUUUUUCCAAAGGUACAAGAGGUGGUCAGGUUAAGGCUAGGACAUUCACUCUGUUUUUAUUCCUUACUUGUAUUCAGGGAGUAUUCUGUUCCAGAAAACGAAAUUCUCUGCUUUGGUCAGCAAACCCAAGCUGUUUUGAGCAUCCCUGGCAAGGUGUCGUGUUGUUCCCUACCCCACAGCAGGACGUGUCUGUGUGGCAUGUAUGUUGUUCUCAUCCUUCAUCCCCAGUCUUCAGUUUUCCCCUGGACGUCACUGCGUGUCACUGUCACCGAGCAGACGUUGGUGUUAAACAGGGUAUGUAGAGAGCCUCAGGAUCUCAGCGCUGUGGCAGAGCUCCAGCUUGUGCGCCGUGGUGAGCUGCCGUCAGUUAUUUGUGUACCGUUAUUGUUUGUGAGUGAACGUCUUUGUUUCUGUUCUCCAGGUGUCUCAUGAUUCAAAUUUUGUAUGUUUAAUUGAAAUACCACAUAAUAGGGAUGCGUUCAGAAACCAUUAAAAGAAUCAAACAAU